GUGGUCUCCUCGUUCUUUGUACAAAACACAAAAGGACCCUCAAAAUACAAAACUUAAAAUGACUUAAUUUCACCAGGCACUAGUUUGCAUAAGAAAACCUCUGUUUUUAGUCAAAUUUGGAAAUAAAAAGUCGUAGGUGCACAGGUACUACUGGCAAUCAAAAAAAAGUAUUUUUUCAGUUCUCUUUCAUAAUUCGUAGCCCUGUGCAGAAACUAGAAAUGACUUCUGAGGCAAUAUUGGAGGCUGAGGUCAAGAAAAGUCUUCUUUCUCCCCAAACAAAAUACGAGGUGCGAUUAGAGAAAAAAAAAAACCCAUUAUGAGUGAGUGAGCGACAACUUCAUACUAGCCGCUUCCCAUUGCACUACAAAUCCCUGUUCGUCGCUCCCACUAUAAGUGAUGCGUCACCGCGCUAACGUGUAGUCGUGGCGCCAGUCUCGCGUGAUGAGAUUUGCGGCGUCGGGAUUUUCGGAAAGACUGGAGGGGAAGUUUGUAGGUAACAGGUGUAGGUAGCGAUCGAGGAUUGCGCUCUGUGUCAGAAAAAGCGCGACUGCUGCCCAGUGUGGGUUACAAGGUGACUUUUAUCCAGUUCUUAUGCAGCUCUACCUGGACUGAUGAAACUAGCCGCACAAAAAGCUGUUUGGUGGAAAUUAGAUGCUGCUGCCAUAGCAACCGCCCUCGUCUGCAGCUCUCUGAUAGGAGGGCCUGUAAUUCAGGCAGUGUGAUUAUAUUGGAAAACCUAUAACUGUGUUCUGUAGAGCCUUUCUGGGGGGUUGAACCCCUCUGGGAGAAGAUCUUGGUGCAUUCCUGUUUGAAUUAUUGGCUUUUGCGCAGUCAUGGCAUCACCUUCCACUACAAAAACAACAUGGAAGCUGCAAGAAAUUGUUGCCCAUGGAAGCAGUGUGUCUUCUGUGGCUUUGGGAAAGAGUUCUGGUCGUCUGGUGGCCACAGGAGGAGAGGAUUGUCGUGUUAAUCUUUGGUCUGUUAAUAAACCUAACUGCAUUAUGAGUCUAACUGGACAUACUACUCCAGUGGAGAGCGUGCGUUUCAAUAACUCUGAAGAAUUAAUUGUGGCUGGCUCACAGUCUGGAUCUUUGCGAAUUUGGGAUCUAGAAGCAGCUAAAAUUCUGAGGACACUAAUGGGACACAAAGCCAAUGUCUGCAGCCUGGAUUUUCAUCCUUAUGGGGAGUUUGUAGCAUCUGGGUCCCUGGACACCAACAUAAAAUUAUGGGAUGUGCGCAGGAAAGGCUGUGUUUUUCGUUAUAAGGGUCAUACACAAGCAGUUCGUUGUCUCCGUUUCAGUCCAGAUGGAAAGUGGUUGGCAUCCACUUCAGAUGAUCAUUCUAUAAAGCUUUGGGACCUGACUGCAGGAAAAAUGAUGGCUGAAUUAUCAGAACAUAAAGGACCUGUUAAUAUUAUCGAGUUUCAUCCCAAUGAAUACCUUUUGGCAUCGGGAAGUGCAGACCGGACUGUACGCUUCUGGGACCUAGAGAAAUUCCAGCUGAUCGGAUGUACAGAGGGAGAAACAAUUCCUGUAAGGGCAAUCCUUUUCAGCAAUGAUGGUGGUUGCAUUUUCUGUGGAGGGAAAGAUGCACUGCGGGUAUAUGGCUGGGAGCCAGACCAGUGCUUUGACUCUGUUCCUGUAGGAUGGGGCAAAGUUUCAGACCUGGCCAUCUGUAACAACCAGCUGAUUGGAGUCUCCAGUGCCCAGUCCAAUAUCUCCUCAUUUGUGGUUGACUUGAAUCGAGUUAAAAUGACUGGCUGUGCCCCACAAGGGUCUGUUCCUGCAGAGAUGCCUAUCGGCCAAUCUGCUCCAACUGGAACCUCACUUAGGCGAAUAUAUGAGCGUCCCUCUACUACCUGUAACAAGCCAAAGAGGGUAAGUCCUACAAGUGAUGAUGAGGAGAAAGAAUCCAGAGCUGAGAUCCAAAACCAAGAGGACUACACAGAAAUCUUUCAGCCAAAAAGUGCAAUCUCCAGGACACCCCCACGGAAUAGUGAACCAUUCCCAGCUCCACCCGAGGAUGAUACAAGUAUUGUAAAGGAAGCUGUAGCACCCACCCCAGAUGUAGUGACCCCUGCAAUUAUCAACAAAAAAAAUACUGAACUUCUGCAACGUCCUCCAGUGGUUGCUUCUACGCCCAUUGAAUGUCAGGAGCCAAAUCCUGUUCCAGCACCUCAAAGCAAGCCUCCAGUGAUAUCUGCUGCAAGGAAUGAGCCCAUUGGACUUAAAGCAGCUGAUUUUCUGCCAGCUUUUAAGAGUUCAUCUCCAACCGAAGUGGUUGAUGAUGAAGCCGUGUCCCAGAUUCAAAAGGGACAUGACACAAUGUGCAUGGUGUUAACAAGUCGAAUGCAUAACCUGGAUACUGUGAGGGCCGUUUGGAGUUCAGGAGACAUCAAGACAUCUAUAGAUUCUGCUGUGGCCAUUAAUGAUCUCUCGGUUGUUGUGGAUCUUCUAAACAUCGUUAACCAGAAAGCUUAUGUACAGACUGGCUGCAUCUCACUUAAACUGAUUCUAAAGAGGUUUCUCCCGAUAAUCACUGAUAUCUUAGCCGCACCUCCAUCUGUCGGUGUGGACAUAUCUCGUGAGGAAAGGCUUUCCAAGUGCAAAUUAUGUUACAAGCAGCUGCGUGUUCUCAGUCCGCUAGUGAAAAGCAAGGCUUCGCAGAGUGGCCGCUAUGGAAGUGCCUUCCGAGAACUACACAUACUCAUGUCUGGGCUGGAGUAACAUACAAACAUCAAUACCACCCACCAAGCAGGAAUGUCUGCUUUAGUAAUGCCCCUUAUUUCUGUCUUCUGAAGGCGCCAUCCGUAGUGGAGGUGCUUUGGCAGACUAGGGAGUGGAUUUAGUACCAAGCAAGUGAAAUACAUUCCUAUGUGCACACUGCUAUCACCAUAUGGUGUAAUGGGUAUGAAAUAUGCAGCAGGUUUGCUAUUGCUCAAGUGCCAGGCACAGGGCCCUAUUCUCUAUACUACAUAUUGUUCUUUUAACAUUCCCAGAUAAUCAAAGAAAAGCAGUAGGUGUGAGUGGCUGCAGCUACACUGCUUGAUAUGGCUAUAGAGGCAAAGCACUGCAUCCAUGCCAAACACUAAUAAAUAUUCUCUACUAGAAAAGACACAGGGACCCAGGAUGAAGCUCUGCUUUCUGUCUGGUUUUUAAGGUUUCACGUGGCCUAAUAUGUCAAGCAGCAAAAACAGUGAGCUGGACUUUUGUUUCAGCAAAUCUUUUUAUAUGAAACCAAGGCCAGGCACUGAAAGCUGGGGGAUGCACUAUGUCUGCUCUGUAUGUUGUAAACUUGUUACUUUGUAAUUUAUAGUUUAGUUUAAUUAAAACAAUUGUCAUUUUUA